CCUCGCAACCCACCCUCCCCUCGAGCAACGCGCCGCCAGGGCCUCAAAGUAACCCCCUACGCACGUGUGGACGCCUCAUGGUGACUUCAUAAGGGCGUCGAAAUCGCGAUUUCUUCUGUCAUUUCCAUCGCAUCCUGUCCCCAACUAUCAUGUCGGUCAAGGAGAUCUCCACGAAACCUUUCGAGGGCCAGAAGCCUGGCACCUCCGGCCUGCGCAAGAGGGUCAAGAUCUUCCAGCAGGAGCACUACACCGAGAACUUCGUCCAGUCCAUCUUCGACGCGGUCGACCUGCACGGCGCGACGCUCGUCGUCGGCGGCGACGGCCGCUUCUUCUCGCCCGAGACGGUGCAGACGAUCCUCAAGAUCGGCUCCGCGAACGGCGUCGCGAAGUUCAUCAUCGGGCAGGCGGGCAUCCUGUCGACGCCCGCCGCGUCGAACGUGAUCCGCAAGUACAAGGCGAACGGCGGGAUCCUGCUCACCGCGAGCCACAACCCGGGCGGCCCGGACAAUGAUUUUGGGAUCAAGUACAAUGUGUCGAAUGGGGGGCCGGCGCCGGAGAAUGUGACGAACAAGAUCUAUGAGAAGACGAAGGAGAUCUCGAAGUACAAGGUCAUUGAGCUGCCGGAGAUCGAUCUGUCCAAGAUCGGCGAGACGACGUACGGCCCCUCCAAGGUCCAGAUCAUCGACUCCGUCUCGGACUACGUCGAGCUCCUCAAGUCGAUCUUCGACUUCGACCUCAUCAAGAGCUUCCUCCUCACCAACCAGGACUCCUUCAAGGUCCUCUUCGACGGCCUUCACGGCGUCACGGGCCCGUACGCCCAUAGGAUCCUGGUCAAGGAGCUCGGCCUGCCCGAGACCUCCGUGCAGAACUGCAAGCCGCUGCCCGACUUUGGUGGCGGGCACCCCGACCCGAACCUCACCUACGCCCACUCGCUCGUCGAGGCCGUCGAGAAGAACAACAUCGCUUUCGGCGCUGCCAGCGACGGCGAUGGUGACCGUAACAUGAUCUACGGCAAGGGCGCGUUCGUGACACCAUCGGACUCAGUGGCAAUCAUCGCAGACUGGGCCGAGUCCAUCCCAUACUUCAAGAAGGGUGGCGUCAAGGGUCUCGCGCGGAGCAUGCCUACCAGCAAAGCCAUCGACCUUGUAGCGCAAAAGAAGGGUCUCGAGCACUUUGAGGUUCCAACGGGCUGGAAGUUCUUCGGCAACCUGAUGGACGCUGGCAGGCUGUCCAUCUGCGGCGAGGAGUCCUUCGGUACCGGGUCCGACCACAUCCGCGAGAAGGACGGCAUCUGGGCAAUCAUCGCCUGGCUCAACAUCCUCGCCGCCGCCAACCGCGAGUCGCCCAACAAGCUCAUUGGCAUCAAGGAGCUGCUCGAGCGCCACUACUCCAUCUACGGCCGCUCCUUCUUCUCGCGCUACGACUACGAGGAGGUCUCCUCCGAGGGCGCGAACGCGCUCGUCAAGGCGCUCGACGACCACCUCGGCGCGAGCUCGCUCACCGGGCAGACCUUCGGCCCCGGGGGCAAGUUCAAGGUCGCGGACCUGUACAACUUCGCGUACACGGACCCGAUCGACAAGUCGGUGUCGAAGAACCAGGGGCACGUCAUCACCUUCGACGACGGCUCGCGCGUCGUGUUCCGGUUGAGCGGGACGGGCAGCCAGGGCGCGACGGUGCGGCUGUACAUCGAGCGCUACUUGGGCCCGGACGCGAGCAAGGAGGCGCUCGCGGAGGACGCGGCGAAGGGGCUGAAGGACCUGAUCGAGGUCGCGCUCGAGAUCAGCAAGUUGAAGGAGUUCCUCGGCCGCGACAAGCCUACAGUUAUCACGUAAAUGGAUAGAAAAUGGAAGGAAUUGGAAGUGGCUUCUGUAUCAUACGUAGAAUGCUGGGACACUGCUUUGAGUUGAAUAUCAACCAUGUCGAAGUUCAACGUACC